UCUCUAAUUGAGAGAGAACUCUCCAAGGAUACAAUAUUCUAUAUGUAAUUAAGAACUCUAAACGUUUGAUGUGGUUUUUUUUGUAGGCUUGCAAAGUUACGAGAAAAUUACACAAAUAACUAACUUAUUCUUCUCAUCAUAAAUUUGAAAGAAAAAACCCCACAAUAUUAGUUGUUGCAAUGGUGAUCAAAGAUUUGAAGGAAAGAUGAUUCUCAGGAACCUCGAAGUAAAACUUAGAGUGCAACACACAAGGGUGUUUGUUUUUGGAUGAAAAAGCAAUAGAUGUCAACUGAAGAAGCUCUUGUUGCUAUACAAAUUCGCUAUGAGGACUUCAACUGAAGCUUUGGUAAAAGCUCUCCUUAGGAAUCCCCUAUCCAUAAAAUCCAGAUCACAAGCUCAACAACUCCACGCCCAGGUUCUCAAAUUUCAAGCUUCAUCUCUUUGCAAUCUCUCCCUCCUUCUAUCCAUCUACUCUCACAUUAAUCUUCUCCACGAUUCACUUCGUCUUUUCAACACCAUUCAUUUCCCUCCAGCGCUUGCUUGGAAAUCUGUCAUUCGUUGCUACACUUCUCAUGGCCUUCCUCAUCAGUCCUUGGGUUCUUUUAUUGGAAUGUUGGCCUCUGGGCUAUACCCAGAUCACAAUGUCUUCCCUUCUGUUCUAAAAUCUUGCGCAUUGCUUAUGGAUUUGAAUUUGGGGGAGUCUCUUCACGGCUACAUCAUAAGGGUGGGUUUGGAUUUUGAUUUGUAUACUGGUAAUGCGUUGAUGAAUAUGUAUUCGAAACUGCGGUUUCUGGAGGAGAGUGGAAGGCAGAGACUUGGUGCGGGUGAAGUGUUCGAUGAAAUGACUGAAAGAACACGAAGUGUUAGAACUGUCUCUGUCUUAGUUGGUAAUGAGGGGAGGAAAGUAAGUGACAUGGAAGCAUUUAAUUAUGACGUUUCUUGCAGAAGCAGGGAAUUUGAAGCCCAAGUUCUUGAAAUAGACUACAAACCGAGAAAUCAAUAUAGGGAAUUGGAAGCCUGCAAUCUUGGGCAACAAAUCAAAGAUAUUUCUCAUUCGAAGAGUGAGGAUAGCGUGAGAAAGAUCUUUGAGAUGAUGCCUGAAAAGGAUCUUGUCUCAUGGAACACUAUAAUUGCUGGAAAUGCUCGGAAUGGUUUGUAUGAAGAAACUUUAAGGAUGAUUAGAGAGAUGGGUGGUGCUAAUUUGAAGCCCGAUUCCUUUACUUUGUCUAGUGUGCUUCCUCUUAUUGCAGAGAAUGUGGAUAUUAGUAGAGGAAAAGAGAUCCAUGGAUGUUCCAUAAGACAGGGUCUUGAUGCAGACAUAUAUGUUGCAAGUAGCUUAAUUGAUAUGUAUGCAAAGUGCACACGAGUAGCGGAUUCCUGUCGUGUAUUUACUCUCUUGACUGAACGUGAUGGGAUUUCAUGGAAUUCUAUCAUUGCAGGGUGUGUGCAGAAUGGUCUAUUUGAUGAAGGUCUAAGAUUUUUUCGCCAAAUGUUAAUGGCUAAAAUCAAGCCCAAGAGUUAUUCCUUCUCAAGUAUUAUGCCAGCUUGCGCUCACUUGACAACAUUGCAUCUAGGAAAGCAGCUCCAUGGAUACAUCACAAGGAAUGGCUUUGAUGAAAACAUUUUCAUAGCAAGUUCGCUUGUGGACAUGUAUGCAAAAUGCGGAAACAUUAGGACGGCCAAGCAGAUCUUUGAUAGGAUGAGGUUACGGGACAUGGUAUCCUGGACUGCCAUGAUUAUGGGAUGUGCUUUGCACGGUCAAGCUCCUGAUGCUAUUGAAUUAUUUGAACAAAUGGAAACAGAAGGAAUAAAACCAAAUCAUGUAGCUUUCAUGGCUGUAUUAACAGCCUGUAGCCAUGGCGGAUUAGUUGAUGAAGCUUGGAAAUACUUUAAUAGCAUGACACGAGAUUUCGGGAUUGCUCCAGGAGUGGAACACUAUGCUGCUGUUUCAGACCUCCUUGGACGAGCUGGAAGGUUGGAGGAAGCUUAUGACUUUAUCUGUGGGAUGCAUAUAGGACCAACUGGGAGUAUAUGGGCCACAUUGCUGUCUGCUUGUCGAGUUCACAAAAACAUUGACAUGGCUGAAAAGGUAGCUAAUAGAAUUCUCGAAGUUGAUCCCAAUAAUACGGGAGCUUAUAUAUUACUAGCAAACAUAUAUUCUGCUGCAAGGAGAUGGAAAGAGGCAGCAAAAUGGAGAGCUUCAAUGAGGCGCAUAGGUAUAAGAAAGACACCAGCCUGCAGCUGGAUUGAAGUUAAAAACAAGGUAUAUGCUUUCAUGGCUGGAGAUGAAUCUCAUCCUUGUUAUGAGAAAAUAAGAGAAGCCAUGGAAGUCCUAGUGGAGCUGAUGGAAAAAGAGGGUUAUGUGCCAGAUACAAGUGAGGUUCAUCACGAUGUGGAAGAAGAGCAAAAGAAAUACUUGGUUUGUAGCCAUAGUGAGCGGCUUGCCAUUGUGUUUGGUAUUAUCAACACACCAGCCGGGAUGACAAUUCGUGUGACAAAGAACCUCCGCGUGUGUACAGACUGUCACACGGCAACAAAGUUCAUUUCAAAGAUAGUUGGGAGGGAGAUAGUUGUGAGGGAUAACAGUCGAUUUCACCAUUUCAAGAAUGGAACGUGUUCUUGUGGAGAUUACUGGUGACAAUAAUAGUGGGAGAUUUCUCACAUUGUUCAGUUUUAAACUAAUGCAAGUUGGAUCAUUGUCCCAAGUUCUUCUGGGCCUUAAUAUUGGAAAGUUUUCGAUGAUGAGUGCAGUAACCGUGGAUAAGAGAAGGUAGGAAGGAAGCAUCAAAUUAUUUGCCGAUAGAAGACUUGGAAUAUCAUUCAUCACAUUACAAAAGAAAAGAAAAGAAAACAAAUCGGGUCUCACAUGUGGGUAAAACCUUAAAAAACAUUUUUACACAAAUGAUUAGUGAGAAUAUACUAACUUAUACACAAAUCAUAAGAAUUAAAUUAAAA